AUGAACAAUGAAAAUGAUUUUCCAUUUGAAUGUCAAGGUGAUCCCUGGAUAGAAACGAAUUUAAUGAACUUAAUUGAACUUCUCGUUUUACCAACAACUAUUCAUCAUAUCGACAAUAUCGAACAGUUAGUUAAUUGUUACAAUCGAGUUAUACAAAGUGUUCUAUCACUCAACUCGUAUUCAGUAAACAAUCUCGAAAAACUACGUUCAUUUGCUAGUUUAGCACGUUGUAUAAUGGCUUUAUUUCCAAUUAAAGAAGCUAAAAUUGUUUUUGAGAAUGCAUGUAGUCUAGGUGGAUUUAAUGCAACAUUUACAAGUUGUCACGAUAUUCAUGGUUUUAUCGAUUACUUAAUUAAUAUAUUUCCCCAAAACGAGUCACUUACAGACGAUGUUGUCCUUUAUCGCCAUCGUGCAUUACUUAAACUGGAAAUGGAAUUUUUCAAAAAUUGGCUACCGGAGAAUAUCGAACAAUAUCCUGAAAUACUGACAUUGCUGAGUCAACCGGAAAAUGAUUUGUGGCAAUAUUCAGCCAAGAUUUUGUCAUUCAUCGAUCAAGAAGAAGUGCAUUUACUUUCAACGAUUGUGUUGAACAAUGGACAUAUUGAAGAGAUCGAUCAGUUCAAAAUACUUGAUGAAUGCUUGAACAAGAACAGUGAUAACGCAUAUAAAAUCGAACGAUUACUGGUGAAUUAUAUUCAUAUGCAACUAAUACUUCAUGCAAAUAAAUGUGGUACACCUGAAGAAAUUCUUGCGAACAAUUACAAACAAUUUGAAGAAAAUGUACAACUGCUUCAACAUCAACAAUCGAAUCAUUCUUCAACAUCAAUCGGUCUGAUCGCCUGGAUCAAAUUUUACGUAGAAUUAUAUGCUGUUGCUUUAAACAAUCAAUAUAAUGAACAAUUCAUCAAUAAAAUAGAUGAAUUUCUCAUUCGACAUGACUCGUCUUUCUCUUCAACACUUAAACUAUUUGUGAUUAAACAAAUCUGUGAACUGUCAAAUAUUAAUCUUGAUCAAUUACGAGAGAUAUUCACUAAUCGUAAUGUUGUUUGGAUUCGAACAAUACUUGACAAACCACACGACCAACAAAUGAAUGACAUCCGACAUAGUCUCAUUUUACCAACGCCAUUUGUUGUGUUUCACGAUGACUUUCAACGUAUUAGUAAUACACUUACAAACAGACCCAAUCUGGACUGUUUGCGACAAUUAAUUGGCGAUUGUAAAACGAAUCAGACAUUAUCUUACUGUUUUCUCGUUUGGUUUAUUCAUUAUUAUUCAUGUUUUUAUACAACCCAUACUAAACCAACAGAUGAGAAAUGGAUUCACUUAUUUAAACUUGACGUUAGUCAAUUAUUGCAAAUAAGUUUUGAUAGAAUUGGUCAUAAGCUACUCGUCUCUUUAUGUCAAAACUUUACUGAAACUUCUUAUUUUCGACUUCAGCCAAACAUGAAGAUUAUCGAAGUUCAUCAACGUUUAGUUGUUUUAAAUAUUGUUGCUUAUCUGAUAUCAUUGAAAUCACUUAACUACAUCACCUAUAUUGGGUCGUUAUUGUUCGAUAGUAAUUGUCAAAUGUUUAAAGAUUGUUCCCAACAUUUACAAUCUUCCGUAUGUUUACCAGGUCUUUUGCCAGCAGAUCCUGCUAUUAAACAGAUGCUUGAUGUAAAAGCACGAGUGAAAGAACGUUUAGAAAGAGGUGAAAUCUAUGCCGACGCUAAGUUCGUCUAUAGAUGCUCAAAAGAUUGUUCUUGGACAUUUUAUUUCGAAGGUUGCGGUCGUCCAGCCUCUCAAAGUAAAUGCCCGUUAUGUAAAAAGGACAUUGGCGCAGCAACCUACAAUAAACUCAUUGUUCGCGAACCUCCACAAAUUGCAAUGCCUAUCGCUGUUGGUUUUCAGUUCAUCGAUGAUCAUAUGAAGAAGUAUAAUGAAAAAAAUCAGUUUGGAUAUUACAGUAUAACGAAAGUCGAGGAAAGCAGCAUCGGUGAAAAACCUGAACAUCUCAAUCGCUCGAUCUCGUUUCGAUUUUUGCACAUGUUCACUCAUGCCAUUCUACUUUUUCUACAUGACGUCGAAUUUGUAACAAACUCGAGUAAAAUGCCGAAUCGGGAGUAUUUUCAAAAACACUUUGAGAAAGAUUAUGAUCUAAUUGGAGAACAAUGCGAAGGUAUUGAAAAUUGCCAUGCAUGGCUGUUCAGUUUGAUUGAUCAUAUGGUUGACAAAACAUUUCUCUUGAAAGGUGUACUUAAUCAAAAUCAAGAAGUAAUCAAAUUUGAAAAAUUCAUUGAAGAACGACUCAUUUUCGCUCAUAUUGAUUCAAUACCAACUAAAAUAAAUGAUUACAAACGAUCAUUCGCUGAGUAUGUUCAAAAACAAAACGACAAAUUCCGGUUGGAAUAUUUUGUCGAUGAACUCUUUGAGAACGAAACAAAAUAUUCUCUUUUGAAAUUUUUCAACGUAACCAAUAUUUAUAAGACAGAUCCGAUUGAAAAAUUUCUCACUAAAUUACAAUCAAUACCAAACAGUGAAAAGAUUUACCCAAUAACAACAUUCUUAAUGCAACGAUUAUCGACCUAUGAAAACAUUCAACAUUUGUAUCCUAUUGUCAAAUUCACGAAUUUCCUGAUUCAUAAAUUUAAUCAUCGCCUUAAACGAAAUGAUGCAGCGACAACAACAAUUGAAUAUUAUUUAACAAAUGAACCUGAUUGUGAAACAACUCGCAAACUUUACGAAUCAUUUCUUGACGCUUGGUAUGAACUCAAUUUAAAAGAAGUUCGGCUUGAUUGUCAAACAGUUCAAAUUAAACAUCUGCAUUCGAAAGAAAAUUUUGCUAAGAAUACAAUGAUUGCUGUUGUUCUACUAAGUGAAUCCAACGAUGCAACAAGCAUUCUACUGGCAGCGUGUUUAAAAACAAUUGGUCAAUUACAAAAUGAAGUUGUCAAUUAUUUUCAUAAUACAAUUGGAACUGAUCCAUUAGGAACCCGACGGAAAGAAUAUGUUGUAGCAGUUCAAUCGGUUCGGCCAGAGCAUUUAUUUGAAAUUGAUGCGAGAAAAAUCAGUCAACAGUUAGUCACUGAUUGCUUGAUGAUUAAUUAUGAAUACGGAAAAAGUCGAGAUAUAAUUUAUGAUUAUGAUGAAAUCGAAUUAGUUUUACGAAAUAAAAUUAGUAGUCUACCAAUUAUUGAUACUGACAAAUUACAAUAUCUUAAUUAUCAAUUUGAACUUUAUGCUGUAAAUACGUCAUUGAUUACUGAUGUUCGAAGGCGUGUGAAACAAGAAACAAUCGAAUCGAACGAAAGAAAAAAGCUUCAAGGUCUUUUGAAAGGAAUGGACAAUGAUGACAUUGUGAAUUAUCUUGGUUCUCUCGAUUGUGUUUUUACUUAUUUGAGAGAUACAAGUAUCGAUUCAGAUAUGGAAAUACCAACAAUUCAAACAUUCGUUGAAAAAAACAUUCGUUGGCAGAGUUAUCUCAAUGAAAAUGUUCGUCAAAAGCGACCGUUUUCGACUAUUCGUUUGACGUAUCUUAUUGAUUUAUAUGAAUUAUUAGAAGAAUGUGUAUUUGAUCAAGUUUUACGCAAGUAUGUUAAACACGCGUGGUGCGAAGAUGCAUUUUCAGUUGCAGAACGAACACAACUCAUUGAAAAAUUUAUUGCGGCAACUUUCGGUCACAAAAAUAUCGCUAUAUCUCUCGCGAAUAUUGAUUGUUGGAUUGGUAUACUAAAACGAAUGAUGGUUCGUGUUCUUUCGAAUGUUAAUGUAGAUACGGAAGUACCAUUACAAUGUUAUCUGGAAAGAAAAGAUUUAUGGACUGAUCAUAUUACCGAUGCAGAUAUUAAUACAUUUGACUUAGAUGAAGCAAUUCAGCUAUGUCAUACUUUCGUUAUUCUAAAAGGACUUGAAGCAAAACAAAAUCCACCAGAAGUUGACAAUCAACAAUUUUUAGAUAUUCAAAAGAAAGAAUUUAAAAGUGCUGAGUCAUCGACAUCAAAAGUAACGUCGUGGAUGAAUUCCCAAGGAAAGAAUGUUAAUACGCAAGUCAAAGUUAUUCAACCAUCAGGAAGCAAAGCGAAAAAGCGUAUAACAUAA